AUGACAGAUCCGCCAGUCGGGCGGCCACUUUCGCCCCGCAAGUUCUUCGAAAGGCUUUACGGCCAUCUGGAUAAUCGUGAAAAUCGUGUCACAGAUACUCGAGGUGCUGAUGGGACUGACCGCAGUCCAACAGGACACCGGGACGCGACUCCGACAGUGACGGCGAUCCGUUCGCGCGAAUCCAACAGAUCCCAUUCGGCGGAUAGCUCAACGGCCGCCUCGAGUCCAGCAUCGUCCGGUUGUUCUUCGGCCGUGGAUAUCGAAGAAGAUUCUUCGCAAGAUGCACCAAGUGUUUCCCCGAGUUGCUGCGAGCGUGAACAAGUGACGGUGCCAGGAUCACACGGUGCCAGAUUCAGUUCUCAGUGUAAUGUGACUUCUACGACCGGACCAGCACCACAUAGCGGAUACGGUGGGUUUGUGGUGAACGCCACAACGGUCAGUGGUGUUGGAUCACCGGCACCAACGGGGCCAAAUCCAUCCCAUGGUGUGCCAUCACCAGUGUCUUCGUUCUUUGCUGCAACCGGAUCUUACGGAGGCCCUUCGUUUCGUCCAUUCUUUGGCAUCAGCCACGAUGGAUCCCAGCUGCCGGCGGGAUUGUCUGCAUUUCUGGCAAGACGACGGAAAAAGGAAGGAAGGCCAAGGCGCCAACGUACCACGUUUAGCAGUGAGCAAACGCUACGCCUCGAGGUCGAGUUCCACCGGAAUGAGUACAUCUCACGUGGCCGACGGUUCGAGUUGGCUGAGGUGUUGAAGCUUUCUGAGACACAAAUCAAAAUUUGGUUCCAAAAUCGCCGCGCCAAGGACAAACGUAUCGAAAAGGCACACAUCGAUCAACAGUACCGAACAUUUGCCGCCGUCAAUGGGCUACUAACACCGUUCAGUGCACAAUAUCCAGCAGCAACACUGAUAGCCACAACCAAGCAUGAUCUGCACGCCUGUAGAAACGUUACAUUCUACAACGGUGGAAGGAGGUACCUCUUUGCCUAA